CUACGCACGUUCCAGGCUGGGACGCGUGCGUAACAUAUGUGGCUAAUAGCAAACCUACAUGCAGUGUAAUGCUUUUUGGAUGGCCCUUUUUGCUUUGCAGCGUGAUGGCUCCAAAAAGGGAGUUUCUUUCUUCAUUCCCGUGGCUUCACGAAAUGCAUGGCGAUUGCUCUCACGAGAAAAAACACGAAAAGCAAACAGUUGCACUUUUAUCUUCUGACAAAUACCCAAACCCUCUCUCCCUCUCUCAUUCCUUCGUCUAUGUCAACAACAUGAUUGCUGUCAUUUUGCUAGUUAAAAUUCUCUUCUUCCUUGCUCCUCUACUUGUGUCCACGGCAGCACUGGCUCUAAUAAUCUGGAACGUUGAUCUACGUGUUAUCGAGCAUCACGCUAAUCAACAGGCAGUGGUCGCGGCGCAGCUGUUGUUUGAAUCCUCCUACCCAACUGAAUUUCAUGCUGGAGAACGCCCUCCCAUUCCAGUUGGCGAUCAUGGCUGACCAUUCGUUCGUUUUCCGGACUUGGGUUUGCUAAUCGCUGACCAGUUUCCGAUGGAGCCCCUCUACACCCUCACAAUAUUUACACGUAUCAUCAAGUUUCGAGAUCUAGACAUCCAUCAAGUGGGUCCCACAAUGGACGGGGUGGAUUUCUCACAAACAUCGCAGUGGGCCCAGCGAAGGGCCGCGUCCGUACCUCCCCACCUGAUUGAUUGAUUUUUUUUUUAUAAAGGUACCAUAUCAAAAGGUCCAUCAGGUGUAUCUAAUCAAGCGGCCUAGACCCCACGAGUUCGUUAUCUGGAUUUAAAGUUACGUGUCCAGAUACAGAAGUGGCCGGGCCCAUGUGAAGAAAAAAAUUACAAACAAAGACAAGAAGUCGUUCAAUAGAAAUUGGAAUUUCGUGGACCUUUCAACAAAUAAAACGUGAUUAAAUGAAGAAAAUUGGGGGUUGAAAGAUACACCACCUAUGAAUUUGGCUCUUUCAAGUAAAACGAAAAGAAAAGUCCAAAGACUCAACGAAGAGACGGUCCACAUGUGGCUCUCGAUGAGUUGUUGAUGGCAAAUUGAUUUUCAAUGGAGUGAUUGACCGGGAAGGCAUGUGGGGCCCACCUGAGUUCUUGAUCAAUGCUGCCAGUCCUAUGUAUAAAGGUCCACGAGCAGAUGAUAAGAUGCAUCACACGUCUCCAUGGCUGCUUCAUCUGCCACAAGUAGCGGCCUUGUCAUGGUUGCGACAGUGCUUGUCUUGGGGCUGCUAAUGGCAUGCCUGGAUAUUGCAGGUGCACAGUCCGUUGGAGUUUGCUACGGAAUGCAGGCCAACAAUCUACCUCCACCAACAGAAGUAGUAGAUCUUUACAAAUCGAAAAACAUCGGACGUUUGAGACUCUACGAUCCAAAUGCAACGGCCCUCCAGGCCUUAAGGGGGUCCAACAUUCAAGUCAUCCUAGACGUUCCUAGAGACAAUCUUCAAGAUCUGGCAAACAGCCCCGGAGCCGCUAAUUCAUGGGUCCAAAACAACGUACAAAACUACUGGCCUGAUGUCCAAUUCAAGUACAUUUCAGUUGGAAAUGAGGUAAUACCCAACAGCUUGGCGCAAUUCGUCCUACCUGCCAUGCAAAACAUCCAGACCGCAAUCUCAUCAGCUGGACUACAAGACCAAAUCAAGGUUUCUACAGCCGUUGCUACUACGGUCCUUCAAACUUCAUAUCCACCGUCCAAUGGCUCCUUCACAAACGCGGCCCACGGAAUCUUGGAACCGAUCGUACGGUUCCUAGUUAGCAAUCAAGCCCCACUUUUGGCUAAUGUGUAUCCUUAUUUUAGCCAUGUGAAUGACCCCAAUUCAGUCCCUCUUCAGUAUGCAUUGUUCACUUCUUCAACUGUCAAUCGCGACGGUUCGUUGAGUUACCGGAACCUGUUUGAUGCAAUCGUGGAUGCUCUUUACUCUGCUCUGGAGAGGGUGAGCGGGUCGUCGGUGGAGAUUGUUGUGUCUGAAAGUGGGUGGCCCUCAGCAGGAGGGACUGUAGCGACCGUCGAUAAUGCGCGGACAUAUAAUUCGAAUCUGAUACGACAUGUUGGACAGGGAACUCCAAAGAGGCCUGGGAAGGCCAUAGAGACUUAUGUGUUUGCCAUGUUCAAUGAGAAUCAGAAGGAAGGAGAAGAGGUGGAAAGGAAUUUUGGGCUUUUCUUCCCUGACAAACGACCUGUGUAUGAAAUCAGUUUCACUUGAAAGAGUUUAGUCGAGAGAGGCUAUUUAUAGUUAUAGGUAUAUAUGUAUAUAUAUUAUUCUAAUAUUCAAUAAGAUGAGGCAUGGUUAGGAGCCUAUCACAAAAGGCAGCUGUGUGUGGCAAGUUCUCAAUGGAUGUAAUGGAAAGGUUCAUUGGAAAUGAAGGAAUUUGGU